GACAACACUAGACAACGACCCGCUUCCAUCUUGCUCCCGAUCUCAUUCUCGUCCUCAGCUCGUCGUUUACUUUCCCUCGUCGAGAGCGAUUAAUCGGCCAUGCCGGGCGAUCCGACCAUCCACCACACUUCCGAUCUCCGAGGCAGCGACGGGGCAUCGGAGGGGGCCAGUUCCCUCGUUGUCAUCCUGGUGGGCGCCCCUGGGAGCGGCAAGUCCACCUUCUGCGACGACGUCAUGGCCGCCGCGCGCCGCCCCUGGGUCCGCGUCUGCCAAGAUGUCGUUGCAAAUGGUAAGCAGGGGACAAAGUCACAGUGCAUAACGAGUGCAUCUGCUGCACUAGAAGAGGGUAAGAGUGUAUUUAUUGACAGGUGUAACCUUGAACAAGAGCAACGAGCUGAUUUUGUUAGACUUCGUAAAGUGCAAGUAGAUGUGCACGCAGUUGUUCUUGAUCUUCCUGCCCAGCUGUGCAUUUCACGUUCAGUAAAACGGACUGGGCAUGAGGGAAAGCUACAAGGUGGAAGAGCUGCUAUGGUUGUCAACCGUAUGUUACAAAAGAAAGAGUUACCAAAUCUAACUGAAGGUUUCUCUCGAAUUACAUUUUGUCAAAAUGAAAGUGAUGUCAAAGAGGCUGUUAAAACAUACAGUCAACUUGGCCCAUCAGAUAUCCUUUCAGCUGGAGUUUUUGGACAGAAAAAUAAGGAAGCAAAAGUCCAGCUUGGGAUAAUGAAGUUUUUGAAGAAAAUUGAUAAACCAGAUUUUGAUGCCUCAGGCAAAGAUUCAACACCUGUUGGAAAUCUCCCCCAUGAUACUGCUUCGAUUCAAACUUCUGUUACUAGUACAUGCUCAAUGGAACUAGAAAAAAAUAAAGAGGACCUGAGAAAUUCAAAUUCAAAAUGCCCGUCGCAGAGAUCUCUCAUUGGUGAUAGUUCCAUGGACUUUGUUCAUACUCUAGCUUUCCCAUCCAUCUCGACAGCUGAUUUUCAGUUUGACCUUAAGUUGGCUUCUGAAAUCAUAGUUGACUGUGUUUCUGAUUUCUUGCAAAGAUUUGACAAUAUUAGGCUUGUUCUUGUCGACCUCAGUGAAAAAUCAAAGAUUUUGUCCUUGGUUAGAGAAAGGUCUGCAAAUAAACACAUUGACUCAAGUAAGUUCUUCACAUUCGUUGGAGAUAUCACACAGCUGCAUACAAGAGGAAACUUGAGAUGCAAUGUAAUAGCCAAUGCUGCCAACUGGCGGCUGAAACCUGGUGGUGGAGGUGUCAAUGCAGCAAUAUUUAAAGUAGCUGGGGAAUCCCUUCAAAUUGCAACAAAGAAAUGUGCUGACAUUCUCAGUCCUGGAAGCUCUGUAGUUGUUCCUCUUCCAUCUAACUCGCCACUCCACUCAAGAGAAAGGGUGACUCAUGUAAUUCAUGUUGUUGGUCCAAACAUGAAUCCACAAAGGCCGAAUUGUCUGAACAAUGACUAUGUUGAAGGUUGCAAAGUACUCCGUAAUGCUUAUUCAUCACUUUUCGCAAACUUCGCUUCCAUAUUGGAGAACCAAAGCAAGACCGAUAGCAAGCGACAUGUGAGUGCAAUUUCUAGUACUCAUGUGGAAGGAACUACCAUCACAUCCUCUCCAGAUAGCGAUCAAAUGGCCAAGCAAGAAGCCCAAUCUAAUCCUGACAGAAACAAAAAAUCAAAGGUUUUUGCAACUAGUGGUGCUUCCAAGGACAAAAGUAUUGUCAUGAAUGAUAAUCAUGGUCAUACUCCAUGCAAUGAAAACACUGGCAACUUAAUGAGCAGUGCUUCUCUAGGUGACGCGGUGGACGAGAACAGAAGGCAUGCCAAAGUUACAAAAAGGUCUUGGGGUGCUUGGGCACAAGCACUUCAUGAAAUUGCCCUGAACCCCGAGAAGCACCAGAAUGUUGUAAUGGAGAAAUCAGAUGACUAUGUUGUUCUAAAUGAUAUGUAUCCCAAGGCGAAGAAACAUGUCCUGGUUGUAUCGAGAUUGCAAGGACUUGAUUCUCUUUCAGAUGUUCGCAAAGAACAUCUUUCUUUGUUGAAGACAAUGCAUUCUGCUGGGCUGAAAUGGACUCGGAUGUUCUUAAAGGAGGAUGCUUCUUUGAUGUUUAGACUUGGAUAUCACGUGGUUCCGUCAAUGCGGCAACUUCAUCUUCACGUCAUAAGCCAAGAUUUUGAUUCUCCACGAUUGCAAAACAAGAAACACUGGAACUCUUUCAACACUUCGUUCUUCCGCGACUCAACCGAUUUGAUCCAAGAAAUCGAGAAGCACGGAGUGGCCAAUAUAAAUGACGAUGAGAGUCUGUUGAAAAUGGAGCUGCGCUGCCACAGAUGUCGAAGCGCACAUCCCAAUAUCCCGAGACUCAAGUCGCACAUAGCUCUCUGCAAGGCUUCCCUUCCUGCUUCACUUCUCGACAAUGAUCGACUUGUAUCUGCAUCGCCAAAAGGUUAAUGCAUCAAAGGGAAGGGACUCUAGUUUGAUCAACUCAAAUUGAGUUCAAAUCUGAGCUUAAAUAAGAAGAUCAAGCUCUGGAACAAUCUCAGCCGUUCAUCCAAGAUCGGAGUAGAUCUAAGACAUCUGUGAAGAAUCUGGUCAAUAAAUGUAAUGAAAUAGGA